AAAUGGAGUAUGCACCAAAGGAUGAGCAACUUUGAAAAGUAAAAGAAACAGAGACCAAACUGUUUGAAGAGCAAAUACAAAUGGAAAGGGAAAUUAUCACCUUCGUGAUGGAUUUCUAUGAUCUAUCUGAAGGCUUGGAACCCAACUUGAAAUUUAUUGAAUGUGAUAAAACUCAAAGUUUAAUAAAGAAAAUCAAACCAUUCAAGUACUUAUACCACGAUAGAUAUCCUCAAUUACUCAUUGAUAUCAAAGAUGGCAAGAAAAAGAAAUGUACUAAGCAAUUACUAAAGAAGCAAUUUCAGUUUCAUGAUGGAAUAGUAAUAACAAACAAUUUUUGGGAAUUGGGUGAAAAUUCAAUCAAAACUGAUUGGAUAUUUAGGGAUCUCAUUAGAAAUAUAUCAAGAGUAAAAUAAUAUUGCAAUAUCUAAUCUUGUGAUCAGCAAUCACAAAUUUAUGAGUAUUCUACUUGCAAGUUCUCCAUUAGAAUCAAUAAGCUUUAAUUUUUGUGAAAUACUAUCCACAAAGGAGACUAAAACUCUUAAUACUAAAUCCAAAAUAUCCAAAAUUACAAUUAUCUGAUGUGCCAAGAAGUGCAAAAUCGCUCCUAUAAAUCCUUCAGGAUUUCUACCAGCUCUUCUCGACACCAUCUCUCAAUGUAUCGAUCCUUCAUGACUGGCAUCCUUAAUCGUCCGUAAACCUAGACUCACUCCUCAGGAGCAUCAAUCCUUCCUAAAAGAUCACCCUGAGUUCCACCAUGUCUAUUUCAAACUAUAA